UGACAGGACUUCAUGAUAUGGAUGAAUAUAUACAAGCACAAUUAUUAUUGUCAGCAUUAAAUAUCACAACUAAUAUUUUACGACCUGGUGGAACUUUUGUGGCAAAAAUAUUUCGUGGUAAAGACAUCACUUUGCUAUUUUCACAACUUAAAAUAUUUUUCCCAAUUGUUAUUUGUAGCAAGCCAAGAAGUUCAAGGAACUCAAGCAUUGAUUAUAAGCCAACAAUGUCAAACCCAUUACUUGAUUUAACUUAUG